AUGGCCCCGAAUCCACAACCGAAAGCGGAGCAGGCGUCAACCCCACUUCCACUUCUUAGCAAAGAUGCUCCGGAUAUUGAGAAUCUCCUUCUCCUAAACCCGAAAGUCAAACCAACCGCAAAUGCUGUCCCAAGUUUGGUGACGAAAAAAGUGAAACAUCACUGGAAGCGGAAUGACGAGAAAGGAUGUGGAGCUGGUUGUGGAGAAUCGAAAUUGAAAAAUGAUUUCCGUGAUAUCAAGCACACCACUUUGAGUGAACGCGGGGCAUUGAAGGAAGCUCUUAGAUGCCUCAAAUGUGCCGAUGCUCCGUGCCAGAAAUCAUGCCCAACUCAGCUCGACAUCAAAAGUUUCAUCACAAGCAUCUCCAAUAAGAACUAUUAUGGCGCCGCUCGUCAAAUUCUUUCGGAUAACCCACUUGGAUUGACAUGCGGAAUGAUUUGUCCAACUUCGGAUCUCUGCGUUGGCUCGUGCAAUCUGCAAGCAAGCGAGGAAGGAGCUAUCAACAUUGGUGGCCUUCAACAAUUCGCGUGCGACGUUUUCAAAAAAAUGAACAUUCGCCAAAUCGUUUCGAAGGAAAUCCGCGAAAGUCGCAAUGAUUCUCACAAGGAGCAAAUCGCAUUGAUUGGAUGCGGUCCGGCUAGUAUUUCAUGCUCAUCAUUCCUUGCUCGUCUUGGAUACACCGACAUUACGAUUUAUGAAAAACGAAAGUAUAUUGGAGGGCUCAGCUCAGCGGAAAUCCCACAAUUCCGCCUCCCAUACGAUGUUGUGGAUUUCGAAAUUCAAUUGGCUCGGGAUAUUGGUGUCAAAAUUGAAACCAAUCGGUCUCUUCACACUUCUGAUAUCACCUUGGAAAAUUUGAAAGAACAAGGAGCAAAAGCAGUGUUCCUAGGAAUUGGAAACCCAGAGCCAAAGGUUGAUCCAAUGUUCGAAGGGCUCUCCAUCGACAAUGGUUUUUACACAAGCAAAAAUUAUCUUCCUUUGGUUGCUGCUGCUAGCAAGCCCGGAAUGUGCGGAUGCAAGCGCACACCUCUUCCAGCUCUCCGGGGUAGAGUUGUUGUUCUGGGUGCUGGAGACACUGCAAUGGAUUGUGCGACAUCAGCCCUACGCUGUGGUGCUUCUCGUGUCACCAUUGCAUUCCGUAAAGGCUUCACUGGAAUUCGCGCGGUUCCGGAAGAGAUGGAAGCCGCGAAGGAAGAGAAGUGCGAAUUCCUUCCGUUUUGCGCCCCACGCAAAAUUAACGUCAAAGACGGACGAAUUGUCUCCAUUGAAUUUGCAAAGACUGAAGUUGAUGAUGAUGGAAAAUGGUACGAAGACGAGGAGCAAAAGAUUGUUUUGAAAUGCGACUAUGUCAUUUCCGCGUUUGGAUCAACUCUUAAAGACAGCGAAGUUCUGAAAGCCCUUGAGCCGCUUAAACUUAACAAAUGGGGAGGAAUCGAAGUCGAUCCUGAGACUCAGCAAACAUCGGAACCAUGGGUAUUUGCUGGUGGUGAUGUUGCUGGAGUUGCCGAGACCACCGUCGAAUCAGUCAAUGACGGUAAAAUUGCCGCUUGGAAUAUCCACAGAUAUAUUCAAUCGCUCUAUGGAAGAGACGUGGGAACUACUCCACAGCUUCCAAAGUUCUUUACCCCAAUCGAUGAGGUCGAUAUUUCUGUCGAGAUGUGCGGCGUCAAAUUUGAAAAUCCAUUUGGUUUGGCUUCGGCUCCACCAACGACUUCUGGACCAAUGUGUCGUCGUGCUUUCGAACAGGGAUGGGGAUUCAUUCUCACAAAAACCUAUGGACUUGACAAGGAUUUGGUAACCAAUGUCUCUCCAAGAAUCGUUCGUGGAUCAACUAGCGGACCCGUUUAUGGGCCCAAUCAGUCGUCGUUCAUGAAUAUUGAAUUGAUCUCUGAGAAAUCGUGCAAGUAUUGGCUGCAAUGCAUUCGCGAAUUGAAGCGUGAUCAUCCGACAAAGAUUGUGAUCGCUUCCAUUAUGUGCACAUAUAAUAAAGACGAUUGGGUGGAAUUGGCGACGAAAUCCGAUGCUGCUGGUGCUGACAUUCUCGAGCUCAAUCUUUCAUGCCCGCACGGAAUGGGCGAAAAGGGAAUGGGAUUGGCGUGCGGUCAAAAUCCCGACAUUGUUCGUCAAAUUUGCCAGUGGGUUCGUCAAUGCGUGCGGAUUCCAUUCUUCCCAAAGAUGACGCCAAAUAUCACCGAUGUUCGCGAGAUUGCUCGUGCUGCUCGUGAUGGCGGAGCUAGCGGAGUCACCGCAACCAACACGGUUUCGACUUUGAUGCAUAUGAAGGCUGAUGGCACAUCUUGGCCAGCGGUUGGUGUUGCCAAGCGGACCACCUAUGGUGGAAUGUCGGGAUCUGCAAUUCGCCCAAUUGCAAUGAAAGCGGUUUCUUCAAUUGCUAACGAACUUGAUGGAUUCCCAAUAAUGGCAACUGGAGGAAUUGAAAGUGCUGAAACGGGAUUAGGAUUUUUGAUGGCUGGAGCUUCCGUUCUUCAAGUGUGCUCCGCAGUGCAAAAUCAAGAUUUUACCGUUGUCGAGGAUUAUUGCACCGGGCUCAAGGCGUUGCUCUAUCUUGCGGGUGCUGAAUCGCUUAAAGAAUGGGACGGACAAUCGCCUCCAGUCGAGAAGCAUCAAAAGGGGAAACCAAUUCUCAUUCAGGGGGAAAAGAAACUUCCAUUCUUCGGCAAAUUCCGCGAGGAACGCGAGAAGAAGGAAGCAGAACUCCUUGCAAAAUCAAACCUUUUGGACGCUGAGAAGGUUCACUUUGCUUCGCGCCCGGACACGAAAGUUUUGGCGGUUCCAAAAAUUAGCGAUGUUAUUGGAAAAGCUCUUCCAAGAAUCGGACCAUAUGUUACGUUGGAUAACAAACUCCAAAAGGUUGCGAUAAUCGACGAUGACAUGUGUAUCAAUUGCGGCAAAUGCUUCAUGACUUGCAACGAUUCCGGAUAUCAAGCAAUUACAUUCGAUGCGGUGACUCAUCAGCCUCAUGUUACCGAGGAUGACUGUACCGGAUGCACAUUGUGCUAUAGUGUUUGUCCAAUUCCGGAAUGUAUUCAAAUGGUGCCAAGAAGUGGACCAUGGAAAGCGCCGAAGCGUGGCGUUGUCCCAGAUUUUGAGCCAGGCACUCCAAAAGUUGUCAAAGUCGAUGCUAGAGGACGUGUUAUCAUUGAGACCACCGGAGGCAUGCAGUAA